AUGUCGGACGAGGCUAUUAACAAGUAUCUUAAGCACUCCCACAACAAGGUGUUUGAGUUCAACAAACAAUGGGCCGAGCAGAAGGCCAAGGAAGACCCGGAGUACUUCUCCAAGCUCUCGGCUGGCCAGAAACCAGAGUACCUUUGCAUUGGCUGCAGUGACUCGCGCGUACCCUUUGAACAGAUCUCGGGUUUCCAGCCCGGAGAAGCCUUCAUUCACCGCAACAUUGCCAACCUCGUCGUUGCUACGGAUCUUAACGCCAUGUCCGUCAUCAAUUACGCCGUUCGCCAUCUCGAAGUCAAGCACAUUAUCGUUUGCGGCCAUUACGGCUGCGGCGGCGUCAAGGCUGCUAUAAUGCCCAAGGACCUGGGCCUGCUCAACCCUUGGCUACGCAACAUCCGUGACGUUUACCGACUUUACGAGGACGAGCUCGAUCAAAUCACUGACGAGUCGAAGCGUUACAAUCGCCUCGUCGAGCUCUCUGUACUCGAGCAGUGCCGCAACGUUAUCAAAACGGCCGCCGUCCAGCAGUCCUUCGCUGAAAAGAAAUUCCCCAUUGUUCACGGCUGGGUCUUUGACUUCGAGACGGGCCUUAUCAAGGACCUCGAGAUUGACUUUGAGGGUGUCUUGCAUAGCAUCCAGAAGAUUUAUAACCUCGUUGAUUGA